AGUAAACAAUCCAUAAACUUAAUCAUGCGCUUUUUGCAUUAUCAAAGCUGUUGUCAAACAGCCACCAUCUUUUCGUCUUUUUUUAAAAGAGUUCAGUGUGAAAAAUAACUUAAUAAAUCAUAAAAGUGACGGUCAGUGAUGGAUGAUCCGGCAAGAAUGAUGGGUCACGGUGGAGGUGGACUUAUGCCACCCCAACCUUACGGAAUGAAUCCACAGGGAGAUGCCCCCACUGGUGGCGAAAAUGAACCUCGAAAACAAGACAUUGCAGAAAUUUUACAGCAAAUUAUGAACAUUACUGAUCAAAGUUUAGACGAAGCUCAAGCGAGAAAACACACAUUGAACUGCCAUAGGAUGAAACCCGCCUUAUUUUCAGUUUUGUGUGAAAUCAAAGAAAAGACUGUACUCUCUUUGAGAAACACCCAAGAGGAAGAGCCUCCAGACCCCCAACUCAUGCGGCUGGAUAAUAUGCUAAUAGCCGAAGGGGUUGCAGGUCCUGAAAAAGGUGGAGGAGCUGGAGCAGCAGCCUCAGGCUCUGCUGCAGCUCAAGCAGGGCAACCUGACAAUGCAAUUGAACACUCGGAUUAUAGAGCUAAGUUAGCGCAAAUACGCCAAAUAUAUCACCAAGAAUUAGAAAAAUAUGAACAGGCUUGCAACGAAUUCACAACACAUGUAAUGAACUUACUUAGAGAACAAUCUCGUACAAGACCGAUUACCCCUAAAGAAAUUGAGAGAAUGGUGCAAAUUAUUCAUAAAAAAUUUAGUUCCAUUCAAAUGCAGCUUAAACAGUCAACAUGUGAAGCAGUGAUGAUUCUGAGGUCUAGGUUUUUAGAUGCCAGAAGGAAACGUAGAAAUUUCAGCAAACAAGCAUCAGAAAUAUUGAAUGAAUAUUUCUAUUCUCAUUUAUCUAACCCUUAUCCUAGUGAAGAAGCUAAAGAAGAGCUGGCCAGGAAGUGCGGAAUCACAGUUAGUCAAGUUUCAAACUGGUUUGGCAAUAAACGUAUCAGAUACAAGAAGAAUAUCGGCAAAGCUCAGGAAGAAGCAAAUCUUUAUGCGGCAAAGAAAGCAGCAGGAGCCUCACCGUAUAGUGGCACGCCAACUCCGAUGAUGUCUCCUGCUCCUCCACAAGAUUCCAUGGGUUAUUCCAUGGGCUCUGCUUACGAUCAAAGUUCUGCUUAUGACGCAAGUAGUUGUGGAUAUGAUCCAAUGCAUGGACAACAAUUAUCACCUUGAAAGACUUCUUAAAGGGAUAAGAAUGAAGAUAGGAAGUAUGCUAUUUCUCUAUUGUUUAUCAAUUUGUUAUCGUUUUAUGUGUUGAAAGAGUAUAUGAGUUGACUAGUGAGACAAUAUGGAAAAAUUACUUAUGGUGCUGAAUAUAUCAUAAGUUUGUAUAUACCAAAUUUUUUUAAUUAUGUUAAAAUCUGAUUUGUUCAUUUACAUACGUGUUUUUAAAUUAUUCUAUCUCACUAGUGAACUUUUAAAUUUAAGUCUUCCAAAUAUACUUUUUUUUCAUAUCUUUGCAUUGCAUAGUGUGGAAAGUUAUGUGGAAAAGGUUGUGAAAGUUUGACCAACCAAACCAGUUUCAAAAUAGCCGAAAUUAUUUUAACCUGCGAUGGAUUCUGUGAAUUUUCAUGAUUGCAUUCUUCCUAUCUGUUGGAAUGUAACAUACAUUUGUAUACGGAACACGAAAUUUUUUAUUCUAUGCUAUGACGCUUCGUUUGUAAAUAAAUGGUUACUAAUGAUUAUAAUUGUAAUUGUUCAAAUCUGUUUUUGGAUAUACAUAGAGAAUUUUUAUGUUGUAAUUUAUAAGUGGAUAUUGAUUUGAGAUUAUUUGUUCAUAUAUAAUUUGUGAAUUCUAGUGAGAUUAUUUUGUGUAUUCCUUAGUUCCAUAACAAACGUUCAAACUGAAACUCAAUGUGUACUAUGCUAGUUUAACCGUCGACUGAAGAGCAUUUUUUGUGCUGAAAUUAUAAUUGAUGACUCACACAUGUUUAACCAAGUAUAACAAUAGGUAUACAUGGAAUUGAAAUUAGAAAAUUGUGGUUAUUUUUAUGUAAUCUUGGAAAUCCUUAUUUGAACGCUUUAAUUGAAAUAUAUAUUAUUUUAAAUUAUA